UUGGGAGAGUAAUAUAGCCAAUUGAAGGCCAAUGGAUUCUUGGCACUUCAUAUACCAGCACAGUGCUAUCCUAAAUACUGACAGGUAAAUAUAUUUUUAUGAAACCAAACAGACCCCAAAUUUUAUCUGCAACAUUUCCCUGAACGCCCUGCUAAAACCCCUGCAAAAUCUUAACCCUUCCCUUCGCUCCAAAUGGCUCUCCUCCAUUUUCACACAAUUCCCACUUUUUCUUCAAUUUCUUCAUUUUACUCAUCAUCACCGUCAACCUCACCUCAAUUUUCACCCUCCCACUCUUCUUCCGUUAAAACCCUUCAACAAAACCUCUCACUCUCUCCAUUUUCCUUCCCGAUUACAAAAGAUCCACACUUUUCUUUCUCAACACACCCCAGAAGGUUGCUUUGCAAACCCCCUCUUGGAAAAUACGUCAGAGAAGACUACCUUGUGAAGAAGAAGACAGCUCAAGAGAUUCAGGAGCUGGUAAAGGGGGAGAGAAAUGUACCACUUGUUAUUGAUUUCUAUGCGACAUGGUGUGGACCCUGUAUUCUAAUGGCUCAGGAGCUUGAAAUGCUAGCAGUGGAGUACGAGAGCAAUGUACUGAUUGUCAAGGUUGAUACAGAUGAUGAAUAUGAAUUCGCACGUGACAUGCAGGUUCGAGGUCUUCCAACUCUAUUUUUCAUUAGUCCAGAUCCAAACAAAGAUGCAAUCCGGACUGAAGGGCUUAUACCGAUACAGAUGAUGAGGGACAUAAUUGACAAAGACAUGUGAAGACAUUGCAGGAAGAAUUCUUUGCUUCCUAGUUUUGUUUUUGAAUUUUGUUGUAACAUUUUGUAGUAGUAGUGUAGACUCAUCAGUUCUAUAGCUCAAAUGUGAUUGAGCAAUUUUUCUUUUUUGUUUUCCUCAUUCUUUGCUCAAUUGAGAUGCAUUUGGAAACAACCUCAAAUUAAAUAUGGAUUUCUAAUUUCAAAAAAAUUCCAUGAA